AUGAAUGAAUGCCGAGUCCCCGUGAUCCAGCCAGCCAAUGAGCAGCUCGCACCUGCACCGUCUGCAGCUCUGCAGCAACAAGAGGUCACUACACUUGGAAACGUGGAGGAGAGAGCGCACAGCGGUGACAGCCUGCAGCAGCCCCAGCCAGGCCUCCAGUCGCGCGCACACGCACACAGUUACAGAACGACAACCGGCUCUGCGAUGCCGCUGAACAACGGCAACACCGUGGCCGUGGAGAGACGCGUGGACCUGGCCUCGCUCUUCUGCAUGAUCGGGCGCCACGGUCCCGCCGUGGCUCUGGCUCUUGUAGCCAUGGCGUCGUUGCUGGCGGGUUUCAUCAUCUACCGGACCGUGAGGGGGAAGCGGAGGAAGGCCACAGCCGCCGACGAUGACAGCAAGAGCCCCGCAGAGGAGAGUGACGCAUCGGUGAUCCAGCCGAGCUCCGUGGCGUCAACAGAGGUGAGCGAUGAAGGCUCAUCAGAUGUGAAGAAGGAUGUUGAUCUGAUUCAGAGUGAUCUGAAAAUCAGGCACCGCCGUGCUGCUGAGAAGACCCCUCCGCCUUAUUCCCCUCCUAAGAGUGACCUCCACAUACCAGACGACAAGCACACUACUUCAGAUGACACAGACAAAGUGGCAGUUGAGUGGGACUCUUACAAAGUAGCAGAGACGUAUGCAGACAGGGCCAAUUGGAGCCGGCAAAGUGCUACUAGCACCGAGGCUGAAAAGGAUGCUGUUGAUUGCUAUCGGGGUGAAGCGGAUGACGCGAUCAAGGAUGUGUUGGAAGAGGUCCAUGAUAAGGACGGCUGCUGGAAGGAGCCUGAGCCGAAUAACGAUGAGAACCACGAGGAGAAGGUGUUGAAAGCAGAAUGCCAGGAAGAUGAGAAUGUGACCACAGACAUGGACCAUUCUGACAAGACAACCAGACAAGAGGAGGAAAACGUUCAGUGUGCUUUGACCAGUCUGGCGCCACAGUUUGACGAGCAAGAUGUGGAGUUUGAACAAAAGGAGGAAAAUGGCCUUACGUGUGAUCAAGAGGAUGGCGUUCUUUAUGAUGAUCAAGUAAAGGAGAAAAUGCUGACUGGUGACAACACUGUUGCCUGUAGUGAAGAACCUGACAGUUCAAGCAUGGCACCCAGCCCUGCUCGGCCCUGUUUGAGUGCACCCUUAAAGGCUAUUAAUCAUGAUGACGGUCUGUCAGGUAUCACCACUGAUGCAAAAGCUCAAAUCUCAGGCAUCGCAGAAUUCCCCGACUUGUCAUCAGAUCCUCAACACCCACAGACAGAAGAUAAAAUGGCUCCAGCUCUGGAUGAAGACACCAAUUCUACUACUAUUCUUGGACUUCAAAUGCCAUCACAUGAAACAGAAAAUCAGGCUGAAAAUAAUGUAAGUGGCACAACUUUAGUGUUGGCUGAAGAACAAAAUAACCAAGUGCAUGACCCUCAUGUUAAAUCCUGCUGCGAAGACGAACAAAGUGUCCAAACCGUAAGAAAUGAAACUUUUGACGAGGCAAGUGUCGCUGCUGCUCCUGAAAUAGUUGCUUGUGAUGGUGAAAAACGUACCGCCCACGUAAUGGCUGAUGUUUUUGAUAAGGAAAGUGUUGCUGCUGAUUCUGGUACAGUUGACGAAGUUAGCGAAACUGCUUCUGUAAUAGCUGAAGAAAUAUCUUGUCCUCACCUGCCAUCCACUAGCCAAGACCAACAAAGUGGCCGCAUGGAAAUUAAUGAAACUUUUGAAAAGAUGAGUGUCGAUUCCACUACUGAAGCAGCUGCUUGCGAUAAUGCUAGCUGCGCUGCACUUUCAGUGUCUGUAGAAAUAUCCCAUCCUGACAUGUCUUCUUCCUCCCAAGACCAAGAAAGUGACCACGUGGAAAAUAAUGAAACCUUUGAAGAGAGGAGGGUUAAUUCUGCCACUGAUGCACCUGCUUGCAAUAGUGCUAGCCUUACUUCACCUAUGUCUAAAGAACUACCACAUCCUGACAUGUUGUCUUCCUCCCAAGACCAAGAAAGUGACCAAACCAAAGAUUUUUUUGAAGUUGGCACUCCCAUCAUGAUUGAGGACAUCAAUCCUCCCACGUGUCAAAUUCCCCUUCCGUCUUUCGAGCAAUUUGACCUUCGGAAUGACACAUCAUCUGCUGGUGUUGGUGAAGAGAGUGGGAUUUCAAGCAUGACAGUCAGCCCUGAUAAUGAGUUUGACGUGAGUUUUGAAAAUACGGUGCUUCCGGCGAUGGAUUGUGAUCCACGCAAAAGUCAAAACCUCUUUGCUAACGAUGCUGGCGUAUCCGUCAUUAAAGAGGAUACAGCAGGUAUGGUGCGCGGGCUUUACUCUUCACGUCCCUCCCAGCCACCCCACAGCGAGCGCACAGGUGGGACUAAUUAUGAAUCCUUUGCAGCCAACGAGGACAUGUUGGGUCAUGAGGUUGAGGAUGGUUACCACAGAGGGACGGAUCAGUUCAUGGCGCAGGUUGCAGACAGCGUUACCAGCUUCACUGAUGACCUGGAACAGCACACAGAUGUGAAAGUUGUAGAUGUUAAAGAGAAGGAAGCAGGAUUAAGUGCUAAAAAGGAGGAGGAAAACAAAGCAGAGAAGGAGAUAGAAGUGGACAACGAAAUGACUGAAAUCAGUAUCAUGGAGGCAACGAUGGACCAUAAUGAAUGGAUCAUGGAUGGAACCUACCAAGCCCUUCCCUGGAUGAAUCUUUCUGCCCCAUCUUUUGCCCAAGACGAUACAAAAACCAACCAGCUUCCCACUGAAGAGUACCAACGCAGCUCUGCUGUAACCGACUCCGCUCGUAUAGAUGCGACAGACCUCCCACCUUCCGCUGAAGGCAAACAAACCGGCGCCCUCUCCCUUGUCGACGAAAACACGGAAAAUAGCAAAAAGAUUGGGGCGGUUCAGCCCAUGCCCCAGCAUGUCAACGUGACCUUUCGCAUCCAUUAUUUCACCCAAUCGCCAUACCAGACGGUGGCUGUCACGGGGAACCAGCAGGAGCUGGGCAACUGGAAGGGAUUCAUCCCCCUAGAGAGAGCCAAGGACGGGCACUGGUCCACGGUGGUCAGCUUGCCCGCAGAGAUCCACGUGGAGUGGAAGUUUGUGGUGGUGGACAAGGGGGAGGUGUGUCGCUGGGAGGAAUGUGGCAACCGCCUCCUCGAUACAGGCAACGGAGACGACCUGCUGGUGCACAAAUGGUGGGGACGCUUGUAAGAGGUGAGGUGCGAGUACCGUGUACAGUAAGCUUUGGUACUGGAUACUGAACCAGAUAGAAACCAAGACCCACAGUAGAUCAUGACACCAUUUAUUAGGGGUGUGAAGCUUCACUGGUCGCACGAUUCGAUUAUCCUGUCAACGAUUUGUAUCAAUUCAAUAUCACGAUGCGUCGC